AUGGCGGCACUUCGGCGAGCAGGUGAGAGGUGGAAGGAUAAAACCACCAGGGAGCUGCUGCUGUGUGCCAUCAGUACAUUGUUGAAGAAAGAGUGCUGUGAACAAGGGACUCAUACCAUGGAUGAUGUAGACCUGGCAGGAUUUACUAUGUUCAAGUAUCUACCUGGACUUGACUGCACAUUGCCAAGUGGUUUUGAAGGCCUCAUCGAGAACUUGAUGUCUGAGCUCCCCAGUGGCGUUGUGUCUUACAAUCGUCCUGUGACCUGUGUCCACUGGAACAACAUGAGCAGCGAAGCAAACACAGUGACGGUCGAGUGUGACGAUGGGGAAAUGAUAGCCGCUGAUCAUGUUAUCGUCACCGUACCCCUAGGAUACCUUAAGAGACACCAUUCAACCCUGUUCUCUCCUCCUCUGCCGCCUCACAAGCUGAAGUCCAUCGGGAAAGUAGGAUUUGGAACAUGCAACAAAAUUUAUGUGGAAUUUGAAUCACCGUGGUGGGAUAGUCACUGUGAGGUCAUCUACCUGCUGUGGAAAGAUGAGUGGGAUCUUUCGGUCCAGAGGUCUGAUAUCAGCAAAUCAUGGAUGCGAAAGAUCGGCGGGUUCAUCGUGCUCCCACCCUCUGAAAGGAAUAGUCACAUUCUCUGUGGCUGGAUUGCUGGGCAUGAGGCAGAGUAUAUGGAGACACUGACUGAGCGGGAGGUGAGACGUUCCAUCACUGAGCUUGUCUGUACAUUCACAGGAAACCCUGCUAUCUCACCGAAGAGAAUCUUGCGUACCCAGUGGUUUCAUCAGCCAUGGACGUGUGGGUCUUACAGUUAUCCAAAAAUAGGAUGUUCAACACAGGACAGGGAGAACAUAAUGGAGCCCCUGCCAGGGAAGGGAUCACAGUCACAGCCCCUGCAGGUGUUGUUUGCUGGAGAAGCGACUCAUCCCUCCUACUAUGGCACUGUCCAUGGAGCUGUCUUCAGUGGGUGGAGAGAAGCUGAUCGGCUCAUCUCUCACUACUCCCCCAUUGCUCAAACAAAUCAAAACACGUAAAGAUGGUCCUACUGCUAGGUGCUUAAAACAUGGUGUAUUUAAAAGACCUGGAGGUACUUUUUAAAAUAUGGGUUUUUUUUAUCCAUCCAUCUUCUACCUCUUUAUCCUCCACAUGAGGGAGGUGCUGCGUGAAUCUCAGCUGACUUAGGGUGAAAGGUGGUGUACACCCUGGUUGUCAGUCCAUCACAGGGACACUUAUAGAGACAAACAAAC